GGAACACGAAAUAACAGAGUCAAGAUAUCAAUCUGGUCAAUGAAAGAUCUAAAGAUUCAAAGAUUUAAUAAGAUUCAAAACCUCCACAGGCAACUGCUUACCUCCAAUUGGGUACAUAUAUCAUGUCCCUCAUCACUAAAGGCCUCUGGAGGGUUGGACCGCUGCCAAAACCUCUAGCCUCAAUUAUCCACUUUCAACAAUCCAGAAAUCUGUUGUAUCAACAGCAGUCACGAGAUAUUUCUACAAUUCCAAGGGGAAAACGUAUACAUGUUGCUGGAGCACAUCGUUUACAGACGCUCAUCGCCAAUGGUAUCCUUCAGUCUGCAAAAAAUCCGCUGAGGAACCCAGUAACCUUGAUGGUGCCAAACAACGAUUAUAUUCGGCAGUAUGUGGAUACCGACGGCAAGAUUCAGAUGAUCCAAGAUGGUAUUGCUACUACCAUAGUAGGAGCUGUCGAUAUGGAAGUUCUCCCUUUCUCAAUGGAAUUUUCUGUUCCUCCUGAAACAUUCCCUCCUGCUAAGAACUUAAAGUACAAGCGUUUAUUGAUGGAUACGGCCCUGAAUGAAGAUGAUUCUUUAGUUGAUGACGUCUCUUCGCUACUUAACAAUGUUCCUCGUACUCUUGACCUGAAGAAAAAAGCAACCAAACCGGCGCGGUUGCCAAUCUCGGAUAUGAAGGUCUGCGAUUUAUCUUAUUUUCUUGAAUUGAACGCGUCAUUUUGUGAAAAAGGGAUGGGAAAACCUGUGGAAAAGGAAGAUAUAGUAGAGAUUCGAGCACCGCCAAAAGAUUCGGAUAUUAAAGCUGUGCCUGUAACUCACAUGGCCAAAAUAAAUACUGACCCUAUUGAUUAUUUGAUCUACGGCGAACGACCUAGAGAUAUAAUCAAAUUUUUCAAGAACAUCAAACACAGACUUCAUCCCUCUUCUGUGGUGGUGAUAGUAGGGAACAACCCUGGUCUGGUUCAAGAUCUAUACAACCAAGUGUUUCCAGAUAUAUCAAAACGACCAAAUUUCGUUGAAUGCAUCAAUGCCACGCAUAUGGGAGAAAAUUCGAUUACAGGAAUUUGGGACACGCUCCGUUCCAUCCCGAUAGUCAAAGGAAAGCUUCUUCUGGGGCCACUCGCACGAACCUAUGACGAUGGUAUGACUCCAGGUGAAGUGGAAAAGAGGGAGCAGGAAGUGGAGUGCCUUGUUAACAGGGUAAUGGAUGCACCCCUGUUUGGCGCAGAAAGAAUCGAUAGGCGUGGGCUAGAGAGAUAUAAACUCAAGAAGCUAGUUGCGCGGGCUGUCAUUUAUCCUCUCACCGUUGCGUUUAACUGUAUGAUGGGCGAGAUCUUUUCAACCGAAGAACGAGUUACAGAAGCCAGACUGUUAUUUGACGAAGCUUGUGCAGUGAUCCAAUCUGUCGACGAAACAUUGACUCGUCGAAUUCUCUUGGACAACUUAUUAUGGGCAGUAGUCAGACAGCCGAAUAUACGUCCUAUCAUGUUGAAGUGUGUCGAUCUCGGCUUUGACACAAACAUUGAUUUAGACAACGGCUGGAUCAUAAAAAAUGCACCAAAGGGUAUGGCUCCUAUGAAUACUAAGUACAGCAACAUUGUCAAAGAGAGAGCUAGGGAAUCAGCAAAAGCUAUCGCAGCCGAAAAAGAAGAGGCUGCAAAGGCAGAAGCGCGACUUAAAGUGGCAAGAGAGAUGAUCGCAAAGAGAAUGAAGGAGAACGAUACCGAGGAGGUAAUCAGAAGGGGCUUCAAAAGAUUUGCUUUCGGGCAAAAGAUCGAAGCUCCAUUGAAUGUCCCGGAUAAAACAUACUACAGAACUAGAAGUCCCAUGGAAGCUUCUGGUAUUUGGGGAAAGCUAGAAGCUCCUUUUCUUGAUCCAGUUAAGGGAGGGAAUGAAAGUGAUCCGCCUGCUCGUGUUGGGGGAGGUGGAGAUGCUGUUAUACAGAAGACUAGCGAGUAGAGCGUGGAAAAAGAAAAUAGAGGGGAUAAUGAAAAAGCACAAGUGUAGAAUAUCUAAAAAUAUCGAGGUAGAAAUUGCACAAUGGAUGGGCAACACAUUGUGGUUUGCACGAGGAAAGGUCAGGUGAAGGAAAUGGUGACUAUGGGACCCUGAGUAUUUUUUUUUUUCGUCGAGAGAUAUUCUAUUGGUGUGUAGAAAUCGCGGUUGAAAUCUCUCUCUACGAUACUCAAUGAUGAAGAUUGCGAACUGCCUCCUAGUGCCGAAGAGAGCCAUGGCCAUGGCCAUGCGGUUCGCCGGAAAAAUACAAAGAAUAUAGUCUAAUCCACGAGUGAAAGUCUUUGACUCUAUUUCCGUCUUCUUUCUCCGCAUUGCUCUUCAAUUUUACGCACGUUGUGUCACUUUCGAUGUGCCCUCCCUUUCGUGGAAGCGAGAAAUUGCAAUCCGAACAGUCCAAACGCGUUUUAGAUGAAAAGGAUUUUCUAUUAUUUUAUUUGUAUCAGAUACUAUUUGUCAAUAAUAUAUAGACUCAUUGAUAUUCAAUAAAUAAAUAUA